UUUUUGGACAGAUCUUGUGUAAAGCUGUUUCUGUAACGUAAGUGAUUGCAUAUCUUUACUGGAGCUUGUUGCCUUUUGACUCUCUAUGGUGGCACUCGUGGCUGUGUCACAAGUAUUACUUAGUAACCCAAACCACCAGAGGUGACUAGAGCAGUUUUCUUGCUGGACAAGGGAUAGUGGACAGUUAGCAUCACACAAUGGAGAAGAACCCAGUGUAUGAGUUUGGUAGUUACAAUGCCAAGUACUCGAUAUCUGACAGCAGAACCAAUGUCUUAAAACCGGCCAAUAUUGCAAGGUCUAAGCAAGCCACAAGAUGUAAGACUUCUUGUAGUACAUGUGUAACUGCAACCUUUGCAGUAGUGGCUGUUGUGAUUGCUCUACUCGUUCUUGCAGGAGUGGUAGUCACAAUGACUUUGCGAUCACAGGAUGCCAACAUUGAGUCUAACACGAAGAUUAAACAAGAGAUGAAAGAAUUUAUGAGUCAACAAGUGAAUGUAACCAAUGAACUGACAAAGCUUAUUCAAAUACAAGAACGUGAGAUAGAAUCUCUGAAGCAUAAUCUUCAGCAUUCCAAUGAAAGCAUUAUCGAGCUACGAAUACAGCUUGCUUCUGAGAUAGAUACUUUAAGCAACAAUGUUACUGCUGGAAUUGCGACUGUCCAGUUACAACAAAGCCAGAGUGUGAUCCGUUGCAUGGAAAAAACAAAUGAAAAAUACGAAAAUUUGACAGAGGUCAUCCAGCACUCGCUAGUGAAGUUAACUAGAAAGCAAGAGGAAGACAUUUCAAGCCUCGAGAAAUCUUCAAAUCAGAGUGUCGAAAAUCUACACAUACAACUUCAUUCUUUUAAUCAUUCUUUCACCACUGAUAUUGAGGGUGUGUGGAGAAGGCUAAACCAGAAUGCACUCGACUGCCUAGGAAAGAUCAACGAAACACAGAAUGAAGAAAAUAACGAGGUGGAGGCAAUUAAUAAUCGAAUUGACCAUCUUGCUUUAAAUUUUACAUCAGAUGUUAUGUUAAUCCGGACUCAACUCAGUAAUAUACAUAAUUCUACUGGCUCACAAGGUGGACCACUAACUUGCGAAGUACUUUCCCCACCCACCAAUGGAGGGGUCAGUAUAGAGGCAGGACCAAACUCACUGAGUGGUGGACUGGGCUCAGUGGCUACCUACACAUGUGACCCAGGCUAUGCUGUAGCGGGACAGAGGACCAGGGCUUGUGAGGACACUAACGGAGGGACAGUCACUAUGGGAACGUGGAGUGGAGCACAACCAUCUUGUGCAGAAACAUUUUGCUUGGAGCCUCCCACACCAGUGAAUGGAGAUGCGGUAUUGAGUAGUCAAGACUUGAGUGUGGGCACCAUGGCUACCUACUCCUGUGACUCUGGGUACGUUCUUGUUGGCCUGGUAACCAGGACUUGUGAAGAUGUUAGAGGAGAGACAAUUGGAAUUUGGAGUGGAACUACACCAGCAUGUGAAGUGAUUAUUAGAUGCCAGCAGUUGACUCAUCCGACUAACGGAGAAGUCAGUGUUUCCACUGGCACACACGGAGUUAACCUCGGUGUGGGAGCUGUAGCUACUUAUUCCUGCAGCAAUGGCUAUGGACUAGUGGGACAAGCUACCAGGACUUGUGUUAGUGAUGGAGGGAGCUCAGGAAUAUGGAGUGGGAGUCAACCAACGUGUGAAGAGGUGAUAACAUGUCCGUCACUUGCACCUCCUGUCAAUGGAGUCCUCACAUUCACUCCUGGUACUGACAACAGCAACAUUGGACUGGGCUCAGUGGCCACCUAUUCCUGUAACCUUGGCUAUAUGCUGGUGGGACCAUCUACAAGAGUGUGUCUAACUGCAAAUGGAGGAGCUUGGAGUGGAAAUGAACCAGCAUGUGAAGAUGCAAUCUACUGUCCAUCACUAACGGCCCCAGACAAUGGUAGUGUGACUAUCAUCUCUGGUGUCAACCUUCUCAGUGUGGGGUCAGUGGCUACCUACUCAUGUGACCCAGGCUACGCCCUCCUGGGACCUCCCACCAGGACUUGUGAGGACCUAGACUCUGACUUAGUGGGAACAUGGACUGGAACAAUGCGAGAAUGUCAAGUGAUUCUCUGUCCUGAGAUCACGGCCCCUGUUAAUGGGACCCUUGUCAUUUCCACCCCCUCACCAACCCAACCUCUUGGUGUGGGCACCACUGCCACCUACUCGUGUGAUCCUGGCUAUGUUCUGGUUGGUGACCUUACUAGAACUUGUGAAGACUUGGGCACUGCAACAGCUGGAACUUGGAGUGGCUCAGAAGUGGAUCCUAUUUGUUUUAUACCGAACAGAGCUCUAGUGGACUGUGAGAAUACAACCUGUCGAUACGAACAGCUGGUGUGUCCCGAUCGAGACAACUGCACAAUAAACUGUAAUGACAUGAGAUCGUACGCUUGUUUCAGGACUGGUGUUGUGUGUCCGAGUGUAUUGGGAGAUUGUAAUCUCAAUUGUGAUGAUUCAUACGCCUGCAUACAAGCUAACACCACAUGCCCUCAAGGGAACUGUAACGUAAACUGUCCGAGUGAUUACUCUUGUCAGAAUUCAGUUGUGCAGUGCUCAGGUGACAACUGUCUCCAUUCUUGUGAUGGCCAACAAUCGUGCUCUUCCUCAGUCAUGCAGUGCUCGGGUAACAGCUGUCUCCAAUCCUGUGAUGGGCGUGGUUCGUGCUCCUAUGCAAUGACUGAAUGCUUCAAUGGAAACUGCAAUUUACACUGCACUGAUAGGGAAUCUUGUCAAUAUGCAACAAUGACGUGCUCAGCGAAUGCUUUCUGUAAUGUGAAUUGCGGCAAUGGAUACCGAGCAUGCCGAUCGUCAGAGUUUGUGUGUGAACAAGGCAGUACCUGUGUCUUUAACUUCGAUGGAGGGUUCAAUGGUAACAGGAUCGGCCUGUAUACAGAUAUCACAUGUGAAGAGAACAGUACCUGCAGCAUCAGGUGCACUGGACUGAGUAAUAGUGCUAGUGAUCAAUGUCAAGAUACUGAUAUCGUCUGUCCCACGAGUAAUGGGGAGUGUACUGUCGAGUGCAGUGGUUACCAAUCCUGUCAAUAUUCACGCAUUACAUGUGGACCAAACAGUGACUGCUUGACUUGUAGCGGGGAGCUGUCAUGCCGUCAAUCAAUUAUCACACUACGAGCGGGUACAGAUGCACCCAUUAUGAAAUGCACUGGUCUUUCAUCUUGUCAACACUCUCGAAUCACUUGCCCAACUAACAACAACUGCACUAUCAACUGUAAUGCACAGAACUCGUGUCAAUCCUCUACCAUCACUUGCUCAGCUAACAACAACUGCACUAUGAACUGUAACGCACAGAACUCGUGUCAAUCCUCUACCAUUAUUUGCCCAGCUAACAGCAACUGCACUAUCAACUGUGAUGGCCAAUUUUCCUGUAACAAUGCUCGAGUGACCUGUCCCUCUGGAGACUACAGUUGCAACAUACGCUGCACUGACCCACUGUCCUGUCAAGACUUGAGUAUCACCAACACACACAAUGUCAACCUGCUCUGUUGUGGUGGUCCCACUGCUUGUGCAGGAACGAGUGUGGUACCCACCUCCAUCGAUUGCCCCUACAUUAAUUAACUGUUGAUUGGCGAACAUUAUUUAGACAGAACUAGCUGCUAGACUAGUGUUCAUAGCAGAAUAGCUCAUCGAUAUUAUCGAUCAGUAUUGAGUAGAACAAAAUUCGAUAUGCAAUACAACAUUAUUUUUUAGAUUUUGUAUAAUAGUUGUAAUUAAUUAAUGAAUGUUGAUCGAUGUAAUUCAAGGUUGUAGUUCAACAGUAGUAGCUAUCGCUGAUCUAAAAAUAAUUGAUUUUCUGA